GUGGUGUUCGAGGCGGUCAGCACCGGUCAGAGGGGAGUUCUGGCCAUCAAGGACAUCGUACUGCAGGGACACCAGUGCAUGAGCACACCUCACUUCCUGCACAUUAAAGGCGUGGAGGUGAACGCAGGACAGACGGCGACGUUUCAGUGCACCGUCAACGGACGACCGCAGAGCAACCUGCUGCUCUACCUGCAGGGGAUGGGCGGUCGUCAGGCGGUCGUCAGGGAAACCAAGCCGGUGAACUCCCGACGUUACGUGGCGAGUUUCGACGUGGAGAACACGACCAAGGGCGACUCUGGACGGUAUCGCUGCAUCGCCCAAUCAGAGCGAGGCGUGGGCGUGUCCUCCUAUGCUGACCUCACCGUCAAACGUGAGUCCUGUCCUCUGAUUGGCCCU